AUGGCGGCUGCUCGGAGAGCUCUCCCGGAUCAGCUGGCCUUCUCCGAGGUACAGAGGGGUCAGGACGCGCGGCCAGGGCCGGGCGAGGCGGUGGCGCCCUCACUAGCCUCCGGCGAUUCCGGGCACCUCUCCCAGCAUCGUGUCCACUGCCCACAUUUACUGCAACUCUCAAUGGAGUCAAGUGGAGCUCUUGCUGUGAAGGCGCAGGGCUCUGAUGUGACCCCGUGCCACGCGUGGAGGACAGACAGCGCAGGGGAGGCUGACAGGGCCACGCCCAUUGCUCUAGCCCCGGUGGUGAGAAUGUUCCGCUAA